AAGGACCCGAGCCCGCGUGCCGCAGUAUUCUGGAGCACCGAUAGAUGAGGGAACUGAGGCUCAGAGAGAUUGAGUGACUUGCUGAAGAUCACACAGCUAGUCAGUGGCAGAACCAGGACUGGAACUUGGUCCGUGGAAUCCUGGAAUCUCCGUGCCUACAGGGCCAAGGAUGGAAACUGAGUACCUGAAGAAGUGCUUUGGAAAUUGCCUGACCCAAGCCCUGGCCGAGGUGGCAAAGGUUCAGCCCAGCGACCCAAUAGAAUACCUGGCUCACUGGCUUUAUCAUUACAGGAAAAGAACUAGAGCAGAAGAGAACAGGCAGGAGAAGAUCCAACUAAAGGAGGAACAUGCCAGUAGCCACAAGGAAAGGGAAAUGACAGAAAUCCCAAAGGAAGAGUAUCAGGUGCAACAGAAGUGUAAAUUGUGUCACCAGGAACUGAUUUCCAAAACUGUUUCCUCAUACGGGAGUGUACUCAUGCAGGAAGACUUGAAGCUGCUUGAGGAGGAAGCUUUGAAGCAGGAUUCCUGGAGAGGAACGCCCAGCAUGAUCCCAGAAAUGCCUCAACAGGCUCCUCCUUUGGGGCCUGCUGGCCAGAUUGGCUGGAAGCUGGAAACUCCACAAGAACUAAAUUACCAGGAGGCUCUUCAGUCUGAAGUUGCCUAUGAAAUGCCUUCUGGCUCUAAGUCUACUUCCUAGAUCGUUCAAAAAUUCUUCCCUCAGGCUAGAAGCCAGGGGAGCUUUUACUUAACCCAAGAUUUGGGGAUCUAUGAAAAGUAGACUAUGGAGAGCCUCUUCAACCCAGUCUUUAUCUGAUAGCCGUGAAAACCCCCCUAAUCAUGGGAAGAUUUGAACUAGGUAUAAAAUCAAAUAAACUCUGAGUAAGGAUUUAAAAUAAGUAACUAAACUACUGACAUUUUUUCCUCUUGUUCUAUCUUGUUUUUGGAGACUACACAGUGAAAACACAUCCAUCCCAUGUAUUCAUGUCUUAACUUCAGCUGCAAUUUGUAGUCAGGCCUCACAGAGUAUUUGUAUUACAUGUCCUGUAGUCUGCCUGUGUUACUGAUAGCAGGUGUUUUUCUCCACAUAUGUUACCAAUUUUUUUACACUUUUUUCCAAAUUUUUUUAUUGUGGUAAAAUACAUAUGCUUUGCUGGUGGGAGCACAAAAUGAUGCAAUCUCUCUGGAAAAUAGUUUGUCGGGUUCUUACAAAACUAAGUAUUAAUUUCCCAUGCAACUCAAAAAUCGGAGUAUUGGGCAUUUAUCCCAGAAAAUUAAAACUUAUACUCACACAUUAAUUUGUAUGCAAAUGUUUAUGAAAGCUUUAUUCAUAGUAGGCAAAAACAGAAGUGACCAAGAUGUUUUCUAAAGAACUUGACUCUGAUGUGUUGCUAUCAUGUAAUGCAUGUACUACUCAGCAAUAAAAUGGAAUAAACUAUUAAUACAUGAACAAUUUGGAUAAGGAAAGAAAUUAUGUGGUGUGGAAAGUCAAUAUUACAAGGUUACACACUG